AUGCCCGCCUCUCCAGCCCGUAUCUCGACCCUCACAUCCAACUUCUCCAGCGUGACGUCGCGCAUCGCCUCCGCGACUUCGAAAUCCACACACCCACGCACAUCGCCCGUGCGACUCGUCGCGGUCUCGAAACUCAAACCCGUCUCAGACAUCCUCGCGCUAUAUGAGCCGCCGAUCGCACAGCGCCAUUUCGGCGAGAAUUACGUUCAGGAAUUACUGGAGAAAAGCCGGUUACUUCCCGCGGAUAUCAAGUGGCAUUUCAUUGGAGGGUUACAGUCGAAUAAGUGCGUUGGACUCGCGAGGGAUGUGAGAGGGCUCUGGGCUGUGGAGAGUGUUGAUACGGAGAAGAAGGCUAGUUUGUUGGAUAAGGGCUGGGGAGAGAGAAAGAAGGUGCAGGGAGAGGAGAGUGGAGAGGAGGAGAAGCUGCGUGUGUUUGUGCAGGUGAAUACUUCGGGCGAAGAGAAUAAGUCGGGUAUUGAGCCUGAGGCGGCGCCAGGGUUGUGUCGGUUUAUCCGGGAGAAGUGUCCUCGGCUACGGUUGCAGGGUGUUAUGACGAUUGGGGCUAUUGCGCGGUCGAAGGCGACGACUCCGGGGAAUGAGAAUGAGGAUUUCGUCUGCUUGAAGGAGACGAGAGAUCGGAUCGUGCGUGAAUUGGGUUUGGAGGGCGAGGAUGCUAAGCUCGAGUUGAGCAUGGGAAUGAGUGAGGAUUUCGAAGGUGCCAUCACUCUGGGCAGUGAUCAGGUCAGGGUUGGGACGACGAUCUUUGGAGAGCGGCCGCCAAAGUCGGAGGCGAAGAUCAUAUAG